CUAAAAUAGGGUUCUAUAUUGAAGAAAAAAGGUGUUGAUGACGGAGAAGGUACAUUAAUAUAACCCCAAACGCUCUCUUUGUUCCACACUUUCAUUCCACCCAUCUUUUGAUCUCUUUCAAGUUUCACCCCACUAGUGGCAUUCAUGUUGAACCUUUUUGUUGGUUUGUUUUAUAGUGCUGAGAUUUUUGGCGCAAGUUUCAACCAUGCAGUCACUGCUGGCUUAAAGUUCAGUUCUUUAUGUGCAAUGGAUCUGACCCCCCUCUCUCUCUCUACAGCUUUUUCCUAGUUUUGCCAGCCACAAGCACAACCCUCAUGGAGUCAUGGUUUUGAGGGAGGGAAUAAUCAUUCUCAUUUUCCUCUUUGUAUAGAUUUCCAACCUCUACUCUCUGUUCCACCUCACUUGCCCUAAAAAAACACCCACAACCUCACCCAAAUCUCACAUUCUUUUUUACUGCUUCCCCUUCACUCCCAUGGCUGCUGCAGCCAAUUUAUGAGCCCUUUGGUACCUUCUGCAUCCAAUUUUUACUGUAUACAUCACCAUUUCCAGAGGGUCCCCUGUCUGCAGAGAAAAAAACCUCUCUGUUUCAGAUAUCACUCUCUGUGGCCUUUCUUUCUUUCUUUCUUCCAUUUGGGUCAGAGAGCUUUCAAGCAAGCUGUUGGGAGCAGCUGCCCACUCUUUCUUUAAAUGUGUCCUCUCAACUUGCUCAUGUUACUCCUUGAAAAGAUUUACCUUGCAAUCUUCGGUUAGUCUCUAUACUCUCUUGGCUUCUUCCUCCCCAUUUCACUCCUUUGAGAUCUGAUAAAUUUUUGUUAUAUAAAUCUCCUUUAUGAACCCAAUCUACCACAUGGUCUAGUCAAUUUGUGGACCAGUUUUCUUUCAUACAUUCUGGAUUUGGGUUUUGGACCAUUCUCUCUGUAUCAUAUCAUCCACCAUCUCAAUCUCAGGUUGAUAGAGGAAGUGAGAACAGAGUGACAUUGUUUGUUACCUGCUCUGUUUGUGUGUGAGAGAGGGAGAGAAGAUGAGAUCUGUUGAGGAUAAGGCUGAGAUUUCGAGCAGUAACGGCACGAUUAGCUUCGAGUUUCAUAAAGGCAGCAGGACGAACAAGUCGGGUGGCGGCGGCGGUUCCGGUGGUCAGAACCGUCAGCAGCACCACCGGAUUGCUUUGGGGAAGCCGGCGCCGUCAAAAUGGGACGACGCCCAGAAAUGGCUGGUGGGGUUGUCUCGCGGCGGAGGAGAAAAGGGUCACGGUGGCCAGCAGCCGAGGAACUCCAACGCCGACGACCGGCGGUUGAUUGCGCCGGUCCCGCAGCAGGAGCUGGAGGAGGAGGAGGAGUAUCCAAACGGCGGCGGGGAGUCCGGCGAAGAUCAGGAGAACGGUAGGGUUUUCACGACGAAGAAAGUAGAAUGCGACGAGUCGAUUUGGAGGGCGAACAAGCCGGCGGUCGGCGUUCAGAGCUCUGCUCCGCCGCCGAUCAGAUCGAUUUGCGUCCGGGAUAUGGGGACGGAGAUGACCCCGAUCGCGAGCCAGGAGCCGUCUAGGGCCGCGACUCCGAUCAGGGCCACCACGCCGGCGGCAAGGAGCCCGAUCUCGUCGGGAUCGAACACUCCGGCGAGAGGGGCCCACAAUGGGUACCAAAUUGGUGUAGAAUCGGCUGCCAAUGGUGGCGGUGGUAGGGUUUAUUACGGCGAGACGAAUGGUACUGCUCCGGUUGUUGUUACAACGAAGGUGGAAGAUUCGGGCCACCGCGAUGAGACCACAGCGACGACAACUGGAGUGAUGAGUCCGUUGGAAGCGAGGGCGGCGGCUUGGGAUGAAGCUGAGUGUGCCAAGUACAUGGCAAGGUAUAAACGUGAGGAGGUGAAGAUUCAGGCGUGGGAGAAUCAUGAGAAGAGGAAAGCAGAGAUGGAAAUGAGGAAGAUGGAGGUGAAAGCGGAGAGAAUGAAGGCUCGAGCACAGGAGAAGCUGAGCAAUAAACUGGCGACGACGAAGCGAGUUGCCGAAGAGAAGCGAGCGAAUGCAGAGGCGAAGCUGAACGAGAAAGCUGUGAGGACUUCGGAGAGGGCUGAUUACAUCAGAAGAACAGGGCACUUGCCUUCUUCAUUCUCCUUCAAGCUCCCUUCCCUUUGCUGGUAAAAAACAAUAAAAUCAAGCAGUAAAAAGAGAAGGGGAAGUGUAUUUCAUAUCAAUCUUUCAACCAUUGUAUGACUGUGGACAUUGCUGCAUUUUGCUUUUCUUGUAUAAGAAUAAGAAAGUGUAACUUUUGUGGGAAUGUGGGUUGUAUUCGUUCUUGAUAAGUGAGGGAAAAAAAUGGCUGGCCUUUCGGAGAUAUAAAUCGUUCUUACCGGAUUCAAUUGUUAACUGUUUCUAUCGGAAAUAGGAUUGACUACGGAUUCGAGCCAUAGCAUAUGGUUUCAUAAAAGCAUAUGCUUUUCCCAGUUGGUCUAUACCAAAUCGAAUCAAAUUAAUGUUUACAUUAGAUCAUACUGAUUACCGAGCUGAAUAUAACAUGGUUCGUUUCAAGAAAAAUGAUUAGAAGUGACAUUUAAAUCGGUCCAAAUAGGGCUGAAUGUAAUUUUAGUGUGACCUUAAAUUCUAAAAUGUCUUUCACUAUUGGAUUACGAUUCUCAUAAGUUUGAUCUAGUGAUGUCCGGGAGACUGAAUCGAAAAAAAAAGAGAGGCGCUCUCUCCUCUCUCUUCAUCUUGUGCUCGCUGCUCGGGAGAUGGGUCUCACGGGCCGCCGCCGCCGCCGUCUUCGAGACCAGCUGGCGGAAUGAUAGAACGUGGGAUUAGGGUUCUAUCGGGAAUUGGGGAUUUAGGGAUUAAGAAUAGAAUUAGGAAUUUGAG